CUCCUUGUCCCCGCAGCCAUUGAGCGAAUGGACUGGGCUCCGGAGCGCACGUUUCCUGCAAGGGGGAAGAAGCCGCGGCGGAGCACGCUCUGACCGUUGCAGUCCGGCGCCGGCGGGGUGCGAGUGGGCUGGAGCCGGGGAGGCGUCGCCGUGGGCCCGGCGGACUGGCGAGCCCCGCAGCCCUGGCCUCCGCCCUCCUCCUGCCUCCUCCUCGCAGCAUCUCUCCAGCCCAGGAGAAGCAGCAGCAGCGUCGCCGCCGCCGCCGGCGCGCUCCUUGCCUUUCCUGCAUCCUCGGGCUCGCUGCCGCCCUCCUCCGCCUCCUCCCCUGCCUCGUUGCUGUGGGUUUCUGGUUGCAUCGGGAACAAAGGAAAGGCUUCCCCCCCUCGCCCUCCCUCCCUCCUUCUUCCCUCCCCCCCUCCUUUCCUCCCGUCCCUCUGGACUCCCGACGGGCGUAGCAGCCGCAGCAGCCGCCGUGGGCGCCCCGAUCGCCCCUUCCCAGCAUGAAGGAGAUGCCUCGGCUGCUGCCGUCGAGGCCCCGCCGACAGGGAGGGCUCCUGCUGCCGCUCUUGCUGCUCCUGCUCCUGGACGGCCACGUCGCCCGGGCCCAGCACUGGCGGAAUGAAAAUUAUGAGCGGCCCAUUGACCUGGAAGGUUCUGGAGAUGAUGACUCCUUUGAGGAUGAAGAAAUUGAUGAAAUCGAGGAACUCUACUCAGGCUCUGGCUCAGGAUAUUUUGAGCAGGACUCUGGGAUCAAGACCAUUGUGCGGCUCAACACAGAUGCACCCCUCACCCUACCUACAACUUCUCCCAUGUUGCCCGCCACCUCUGUGCAGCCAGUAGCCACCCCCUUUGCACCAUUCCCUGCGGAGGAAGCCACCUCUGACCCAGUAACAAGCAGCCUCUACAUCCCCAGGGUGACCGAAGCACCGGCGGUCACCAUCCGGAAAGUGCUUGGUACCACUGCUAGCACCGCAGCCCUUGAUGCCUCUGCUACCGCUAGUACUAUUGCUACCACCACCUCCACAACUGCUGCCACCACCACCACCACCUCUGCUACGAUGCCCAUGUCCAAGCCAACGACUGUCCGGAGAGUCCUGCCCCCCUUUAUCACCAUUGUAGCCACGACGCAGUCGAUCACACUUGAAACGCCAACCAUGGCCACCGAAGUUGCCAGGACGGAACUGAACACAGCUCCGCUGGUGACCACCGGCGUGACGAAGAGCAGGGCUGUGCCAAAGCCAAGCACUUCUCGGGAGCCAGACCGCAGUGAGAGGACUACCACAUUGCCCCAACCCUCAAGUUCUACAGCACCUACAGAACCAGUCCAGGGAGAGCCUCUGGAUGCGACCCCUUCCACGUCAAUGAAUAACGAACUGGAAGUUCCCGUCAGUGGGGACUUUGAAAUCCGUGAGGAGGAGGAGGUGGCAGCUCAGACGGAGCUCAGCAAUGAAGUGGUUGCCCUGGUUACCCCAGCCUCCGGGCCGGUGCUGAGGAAGAAUGCUGAGCCGGGGCUUGUAGACAAUACAAUAGAAUCUGGAAACUCGGCUGCACAGCUCCCCCAGAAAAACAUCUUGGAAAGGAAAGAGGUCCUCAUAGCCGUGAUUGUGGGCGGGGUCGUUGGAGCUCUCUUUGCUGCCUUCCUGGUGAUGCUGCUCAUCUACCGGAUGAAAAAGAAGGACGAGGGGAGCUAUACCUUGGAGGAGCCAAAGCAGGCGAGUGUCACGUACCAAAAACCCGACAAGCAGGAGGAAUUCUAUGCAUAAAUCAGUGCCUCGCCACCUCUUUUUCUGUCCCGAUGCCGUCCUUUUUUUAAGAAACAGAAACAAAAAAGAAAAAAAUCUCUCUUAUUAUUCACCCAGCCUCUUUUUCUCUCUCUUUCUAAUCAAGUCUGUGAAUUUUAACAAAGAAGCCUAGAAGAAACCGACAGUUUUUUUAAAAAAAGUAUCAUGUAUGUUAUUUGCUUUUAAAAAGGAAAGGGGAAGGUUGAAUCAGAAAGCAUCAGAAUGUGGAGCAAACAGUGAACUCCUGGCUGGAUGAACGCUUGAGUUAGCACCUCUGCCAGGAACGGUCUCGAGUCACACCUCCCUCAGGUCUAGAGCCUUGACUUAUUUUGUUUCGAAUGAGGUGGUCCGUUUUGGUUUCUGGCACUUUGCAGCACUCUUCAAGGCGAGAUCUUUUUUGACUCGACUGACUCCGCUCAACUAGGAGGUGCAACAGCUAGGAGAUGCAACAUCUGAUCAUCUGGGCUGCUCACAGCUCCCUCCUGCAAUCGGUCAGUUGCGAUGGACAUUUUAAUUGCUUCCUUGGAGAUCUCACAUGGUCCACAGAGAGCACCUUUCCCCAGCUGUGCAUUGUUUCCUUGCCGAGAGCACCUCCCUUCCUCCCAUUCCUACUCACAACCACCACUUUGAAACUUAUCUCCCUACAGAAGGACCAUCCUAGGCUUGCAGAGGUUUCCGGUUAAACCUUAUGCCCAGAUUCAUUCAGCUGGCUUUCACUGUGACCUUGAAGACUCAACUUGCAUGGUAUUGCAAGCUCAGGCAGAUGACCAAGAAACACUUUUCUAAGACAUUAUUUGUGGGAAAACAGUGUGGAAAAGGCAAGCUUUUUCUGAAGUCUGUAGGACAUAGAUAAUGUGUCACACUUCUCAACCAGUGGUGUGGGUCCUUUCCUUCUUUAUAAGGGUAUGGGGGAAUAUGGGGGAAGGGAGAAGGACAACAUGAGUCCAUGAUCUGCUGCAGCAGAUCUUUGGUUCCAUAUAACUCUGUAAAUAAAUGGAAGUGGUAAAAAGUUAAUAAACACCAGUGCUCAACUGUUGGGCUGAAACCUGCAUCUCCAAAGCAGGAAUUUGUAGGUCAGCAUCAAGCUGGGGAGUGUGACAUUUCACCCAAACCUUCCCUGCUAAAGCAGAUGUCACAUUUUCACUGGCAACGUAGGCGAGGGAAUAGUGCUGACCCAUAGAUUGGCAGAUGACCUAUGGCCCAAAUGCCACAGAGGGACCAAAUGGAUAAAUUGGCGAUUGAACUGUAUGCAAUAAAAAUGAAGGCAAGGAAAGACAAAUGUUCACUCUUACAUAUCAGAAAGCCAAGGGUACUAAAAAACAAAAAACAAAACAAAAACACCAAUAUGGGUGGGGAAAAUGCAAUGCAAUUGAAAACCACCAAUGGGUGAUAAGGGUGUUUUAAAUUAUGCAUCACUAAUAGGAUGCUAUUGCAAGGUGCCAAUAUGUAUUGGCAAAUGCCCAUUCAAAUUGCAUUGACUGAAUGUUGUACACACACCUUGGCUGGAGCAGCAAGCCAAGUGAUCACAGUUCAGAGAUAUGUAAGUAAACAGGGGAAGAUUCAGAGUUGAGCCACAAAGUUGCUACUGAGCUUGGCACAUUGGAUAUACAAAGGAAAGCUGGGAACUCUGUUGAACUUUUCAAAAAGCAGGCUGGCAAAACCAGUAAAGGAAGUAGCAGAAUGAACAUAUGGCAGCCUUCCCUAACCUAGUGCCCUCCAGGUGUUUUGGACAACAAUUCCCAUUGGCUGGGUGGGGAUGAUGGGAGCUGUUGUUUAAGACAGCUGACUUAUAGCAGCAACAUACAUUUAACUUAGGCUGUGAUCAUAUCAACACUUCCCUGGGAGUAUGCCCCCUUUAAGCCAAUGGGACCUACUUCUGAGUCCAUAUGUAUAGGGUUUGGGAUUAGAGUGGGGCAUGCAUGCAGGUCCUGCGCACAAUGUUCCCAUGACUGCUGGAUAUACCUCUGAUUUUUACACAUUUAGUGCAAUCAGGAUACCCAACUGAGAUGUGCGUAGGGGAUUCUAACCUGUGAGGAUUCUAACUAUUGGGGAAGGGCCAUGGCUUUGUGGUAGAGCACCUUACUUGCAUGCAGAAAGAAACCCCCAGGUUCAGUCCCUGCCAUUUCUGGGUAGGGAUGAGGAGGACUCCCAUCUGAAACCCCUGAAAGCUGUUGCCUGCCGUCAUAGACAAUACUGAACUGGAGGUACCACCCGUCCGACUUCGUGUAAGGUAUGUUCAAGCAAAACCUCAUGCUCAGUGUGCAAAAGCUGGGGGGGGGAUGUGGGAGCAGGGCACACUGGGGAGGUGGGGUGUGGUACUUGCUAUUUGCUGCAUAGUUUAAGCCAGGCACAGGCAAACUCGGCCCUCCAGACUAUGUCCCAUGAUUCCUAGCUAACAGGACCAGUGGUCAGGGAUGAUGGGAAUUGCAAUCACAAAACAGCUGGGGGGGGGCGAGUUUGCCUAUGCCUGGUUUAAGCCUUCAUGUGCUAUUAUGAAUAUCUGAAGAGAACUGCUGCAAUCUUAAGAAUGCCUACCAAUUCCCAGGUAAGUAUGCAGGACGAUAGACACCAAGGAGGGGAAAAAAAUGUUCUAGAAACAAUUUGGGGUUUUUUUUUGAGGAUGGGAAGCUGUGUAGCUGUCAGUUUCUGGAGGUUUUGAUGGAGAAGUGUGCAUGCGCAUCUAUGAACAACAGCAAACAGAUGACCCCCCCC